GCUGGAGUGAGUAGACUAGCCGCUGCUGCUAAUCGCCCUGAAAACAAUCAGGUCAAGGGAUAGAGCGAGUAUGGGCUAGACGCCAUUUCCUGUGGUAUAUUUCUUCCAUUGACGGAUAUCCAAAUUUGCAUUUCAGAGGAAAAAAGAACAGAAAUUAACUUAAUAUGGCAUUGCCAGCAUUUAGAGGGUUACGGAAGACGCCCAAGUUAAUGCUAAACCUUUCUCAAAUGUGGCCUUACAAAUCCCUAACAGCCAAGGUGUCAGGAACAAGUUUAACUAACAUCCACAGGUGGAAGCACCAUUCAAAUUUACCAUUGAAUCUAAGAUCGAAAUCUUCCAUCGAAUGCCUCCAUUGUACAUCUUAUUUGAAAUUGAUAACAAUAAAUACAAGAUUCCUGAAUACCAAACACAAGUCUCUGAACCAGAAAGAAACAAAAUCAUCAGAGUUGGAAGUAGCUCACAUCCAAAAGGAACUAGAAGCUGAGAACAGACUCUCCAAGAAGCAGAAACGCGCAGCAUCAGAUCCGAAGAAUUCCAUGAUCAACGUUGGAAGGUUUGUGGCGGACAAGAUUCUUGAAUUGAUUGAUGAGAAUGGAACGUCACUUGGAUCGGUCAACAGAAAUCAAGCCAUUGCUUUGAGCCAGCAGAAGAAAUUGAAGUUGGUUCUAUUGAAGCCUCAUGCCAAGCCUUGGCCAAUUUAUAAGUUAAUGACGGGACAGGAGCUUCAUGAGGAACAGGUCAAGCGCAAUGAGAAGGCCAAAAAGAAAACAUCUCCUACACAGUUAAAAGAAAUCAAAGCAUCAUGGAACAUUGGUCAGCAUGACAUCGACGUGAGACAACGUCAGCUUCAAAACUGGUUUUCUGAUAAGAAUGCCAAUAUCCAUGCGAGGGUUACAGUCACUGGAGGGAAAGGCACUGAAACGGUACUCCAGGAAAAGCAGAUGGCAGUCGUGAAUCAGCUUAUGCAUGGACUGGAAGAUAGACUUACUCUGAACGGACCCCCUCAGAUGGUAGGCAAGAACCUGAACAACCUCAGGGUCACGAUACGCACCAUGUCUGCUAAAGAGACAGCCCUUUAUAAGAAGAGCCUAGCCGAAAAAGUGCCUCAUAAACCUUAGAUAGUUAAAGCAUUCUUUACUUAAUGUGUUGCUUGCAGCAUUAUGAUUAUGAUUUACUUUACACAUAUAUGCUUAUAUUUCUGAAUUUUAUUUUGUUUUGUAAAUUUAAAUGGCUUGUAUGGAGGCAGUGAUCAAGAAGAGUUAUGAAUGCAAAAGCAUAAAACAACUGGAUAAAUGUCUCUCUCUCCCUCCCUCUCUCUCUCUCUCUCUCUCUGACAUUUUCUUUGAAUGAGCCAAAGUAAAUGCAGAUGUCAUGGACAGAUUCGUCCAGCAGCAUGCUUAUGAUACAAAAUUUAUCCAAGUAAAGCAAUUACAUAGUACAAUUUGAGAAAAUGUAAUUUGUAUGAAGGAAUUUAUUGACUGCUUCCAAAGCAAUAACAUGCAAUAGAUUCUUUUAUGUGCUAUGUCCCUCUGGCUCCCAACAGGCAAUAUUUUCUGCAUGAUCACUAUGAUAUUAUUUUUUUCUCUCCAAGAUUUAUAGAGAAUAUGUGCAAGUAAAUGCAGGUCUUCUGACAAGUUAAGAAUAGAUAAGAUAAGUGAGAUGGUAAAUCAUUUUGGACAUUAUAGUCUCCAAUGCCGUUUUCAUGAAAAGAUUUCAUAUUCUACUCUACUUUUGUUACCGGUAUGUCUUGUUUUGUAUCAGCUAAAGCAUAUUAUUGAAAUAUGAUUACUGAAAACAGAGUACACUGUAUCAAAGUGAUCAAUGUAUUCAUCGACUGUAUCAACAAGCUCUAGAACAAUUUCUUCAUAUGUAGUACUCUAUUUAUUCUGCGAAUUCAUCAUUACUUUGGCGUUUGUAAUUCAGACAAAUGUACAAUGUAUACUGUUCAGAUUCUAAGCUGUGAUCUGUCUGUAGUCAGGUGAGAUAGAUGAUGUACUGGUAUACCUCUUUAUUCAGGGAACUUGUGAUUCAGUGAGAACUGGUUAUAAUGGGAGUCUGUUCUUCAUAACUAAGUUCUAGAUUUAAAAAACCUCACCUACUAUUCAAUAUUUGUAAAGGAGGCAUUUGUAUGAGAUUGACUUGGAGAAAUAAAGUCUGUGCAUUUAAAUGUACAAUUUAAUAAAUGGCAAAAGUAUAACAAAGGCA